UAAUUACAAAUUUCAGUCAGGACAAGAAGCUUUUAGAUCAUAUAUCAUCUCAUUUUCUUCCCAUACAUCAAUUUUUAAGUUCUUUCAUUAAUUUUCCUUUAUAUAUAACUUGUAACAAUGGUUGCACACUUGUCCAAAAUUCUUUCAGACUCCGAAAAAGUCUUUGAUUUUGUUGUCAACGAAGGGCAUGGAGUUAAGGGCCUUUGUGAUAUGGGAAUUCAAGAACUUCCUAAGCAAUAUAUUCAACCACUGGAAGAACGAAUCACUACGAGCACUGUGAUAACCGAUGAUUCAAUCCCAAUAAUCGACGCGUCCAAUUGGGAUGAUCCAAAGGUGGCUGAUCAGAUUUGCAAAGCAGCACAAAACUGGGGUUUCUUUCAAGUUAUCAAUCAUGGAGUUCCUAUUCAAGUUCUUGAUAAUAUAAAGGAGACGAGUCAUCGUUUCUUCAGUUUACCAGCUGAGGAAAAGAAGAAGUACACGAAAGAGAAUUCAGUUUCGAGUAAUGUGAGGUAUGGAACAAGUUUUACGCCUGAAGCUGAGAAAACAUUGGGUUGGAGAGAUUACCUUUCGCUUGUUCAUGUUUCUCAUGAUGAAGCUUCUUUAUUUUGGCCUACUUCUUGCAGGGAAGAAGCACUUGAAUACUUGAAGAGGUGUGAUACUGUUAUAAGGAAGAUUUUGAAAUCGCUAAUGGGAGGAUUGAAUGUAAAAGCAAUUGAUGAAGAGAAAGAGCAACUUUUAAUGGGUUCAAAGAGAAUAAACUUUAACUACUAUCCAAAAUGUCCCAACCCUGAGCUUUCGGUUGGAGUAGGACGUCACUCAGAUAUCUCAACAAUUACUGUUCUCCUUCAAGAUGAUAUUGGCGGGCUCUACGUGAAAAAACUUGAAACUAAUGAUUGGAUUCAUGUCCCUCCGGUCAACGGGGCUCUGGUAAUCAAUAUUGGCGAUGCACUUCAAAUAAUGAGCAAUGACAAAUACAAGAGUGUUGAACAUCGCGUGAUUGCUAAUGGGAGCAAGAAUAGGGUUUCUGUGCCCAUUUUCUUGCAUCCAAAGCCUACAAGUGUUAUUGGUCCUUUGCAAGAAACGCUAAAGAAUGGGGAAAAACCAAUUUACAAGCAAAUUCUUUAUUUUGAUUACACCAACAUCUUCUUCAGCAAAGGUCAUGACGGGAAGGACAUAAUAGAAUUUGCAAAGAUAUAGACGCAUUUUGUGGUCACAAUAUCUAAUUAUAUUGUUAUAUAUAGAGUACAUGCAUUUCUCCAUAAGAUUGUUACAACAUUCUUGUUAUUAGAUUAUAUGCUAAACACAAAUAUACUAUGAAUAUUGUACUUAAUUUUAGAGAUAUAUUUCAGAAUAAUUUGACAUCAUCCUACGUCAGUCUUUCACAUUCCAAAAACUAUCCAAUGAAUACUAUUUGAGUCGAUUUGU